GCAAUAAGAUGCGAUGUAUCCAAAAUGUCGUUGAUUGUCGCGCUUCGGUUUUGUUGCCGUCGCAUUGACUUCCGUCACGUUCAAUGAGGACGAACCAAGAGGCUUAUUUAAUGUGCAGUUGAACCUUUUUUUAUGUUGUAGGCGCUUUUUUCAGAAACGGUAACCGAAGCAGCAAUGUCGCUGUACGAUGACCUCGGCGUGGCCACAAAUGACAGCAAGACCGAAGGAUGGUCCAAGAACUUCAAGCUGCUGCAGUCCCAGCUGAAGGUGAAGAAGGCUGCUCUGACCCAGGCCAAGACCCAGCGGAUGAAGCAGACCACUGUCCUUGCACCCGUCAUUGAUCUGAAGAGAGGAGGCUCCAGUGAUGAGCGACAGAUCAUAGAUACUCCUCCACAUGCAGCUGCUGGAAUAAAGGAUGCAGUGCCCAGUGGUUUUACUUCUGGCGACGUGCUGAUCCCACUCGCCGAUGAGUAUGACCCAAUGUUCCCCAAUGACUAUGAGAAGGUGAUGAAACGACACAGGGAGGAACGUCAGAGGCAGAGGGAGCAGGAGCGGCAGAAGGAAAUUGAAGAGAGAGAAAAGAUGAGAAAAGACAGACAUGAGGGUGGUGCAGCUCCAAGUGGUUUCUCUCGUUUCCCAGCAGCAGAGGGUGACUCCGAUGAGGAGGAGGAGUAUGAAAAAGAGAGGAGGAAAAGAAGCAUGGGUGGAGCAGCCAUUGCUCCUCCUUCAUCACUUGUGGACAGAGAUGGAACCUCUUCAUAUUCCUAUGAGGAUGAAAGUCGUCCUUCCAGAGGUGCAAAAGCCGCCAUCCCUCCGCCUAUGUAUGACGACUCAGAACGGCCCCGAUCGCCCCCUGGACCAACCAGCUCCUUCCUGGCCAACAUGGGGGGCACAGUGGCCCACAAGAUUAUGCAGAAGUAUGGUUUCAAAGAAGGCCAGGGCUUGGGGAAACACGAGCAGGGCCUGAGUACAGCGCUGUCUGUGGAGAAGACCAGCAAGAGAGGUGGCAAGAUCAUCAUAGGGGACGCUGCAGAAAAGCCGGGGUCGAGCCAACCAGGGGCUGCUGAGACUACGGUCGGAGGUGCUGCAGUGGACCCGUCCAAGAAAUCCGAUGCAAAUCCACUAACGGAGAUCCUCAAAAACCCAACCAAAGUAGUCCUACUCCGGAACAUGGUGGGCCGAGGGGAGGUGGACGAAGACCUGGAGGGGGAAACAAAAGAAGAGUGCGAGAAAUAUGGCAAAGUGGUUAAGUGUGUUAUUUUUGAGAUUGCUGAUGUUCUGGACGAUGAAGCCGUCAGGAUAUUCCUAGAGUUCGAAAGAGUGGAGUCGGCCAUCAAAGCUGUGGUGGAUCUGAACGGACGUUACUUUGGCGGGAGGGUUGUCAAGGCCUGCUUCUACAAUCUCGACAAGUUUCGGAUUCUGGACCUCGGCGAACAGGUCUGAUGUUUCACCCAGGAGUUGGUUGAGUCACCAGACACUAUGAACAUGCAUCAUCGACCCACUUGUACAUAAAUCUUUUUAUACUUCCUUAGCUGAAGUGUCUGAAUGUGUUGUUGACUUGGCCAUGAAAUAGAUAAUUGUCUUUUCUGCCACCCUGUGAUUAAAAAAUGUUUGUCAAAAUAAAAUUGCUGAACUCUGGAA